CGGCGGCGCGGGGCCGGCGGCCGGGACUCUGGCGCGCGGGGCGCGGCGGUAGCAGAGCCGCCGGGAGCCGCCACCGCGCCGGGAGCCGCCGCCACCGCCCGCGCCCGGGAACCGCCAGCGGCACCGGGGCUGGCUUCUCGUCGGUCGCGCCGCUCCUGCCGGCCCGCCGGGGCCCCGCACCGCUCGCCCGCCGCAGCCACCGCCGCCGCGCCCCGCCGCCCCCCGGCCGGCGGCUCCGGGCAGCGCGCCGCCCCCCGGGCCGCGGGGCUCUGCGUGGCCGCGCGGAUGCCGCCGCAGCAGGAGGGCGAGGCGGGAUACAUCAGCAAGCCGGUGCCGCCGGGCGGCUGCGAGGUGCCGCCGGUGCCCCCGCGCAGGGUGCGCAGCGGGCGGGCGGCGGCGGCGCUGGGAGCGGCGCUGGGCGGCCGCUGCCGGGCGGCGGGGUCCGGGGCCGUGGCCGGAGCCGGGGCCGGAGCGGGGUCCGAGCCGCGGCGCAGCAUCAAGUGCGUUCUGGUGGGAGACGGCGCGGUGGGCAAGACCAGCCUGGUGGUGAGCUACACCACCAACGGGUACCCCACCGAGUACAUCCCCACCGCCUUCGACAACUUCUCCGCUGUUGUGUCUGUGGAUGGCAAGCCGGUGAGACUUCAGCUCUGUGACACAGCUGGUCAGGAUGAAUUCGACAAGCUCAGGCCUCUGUGCUACACCAACACGGACAUCUUCUUGCUGUGCUUCAGCGUGGUGAGCCCUUCGUCCUUCCAGAACGUGAGUGAGAAGUGGGUUCCUGAAAUUCGCUGCCACUGCCCCAAAGCACCCAUUAUCCUGGUUGGGACGCAGUCAGACCUCCGGGAGGAUGUCAAAGUCCUCAUCGAGCUGGACAAGUGCAAAGAAAAGCCAGUCUCGGAGGAGGCUGCAAAGCUCUGUGCUGAGGAAAUAAAAGCCGCGUCCUACAUCGAGUGCUCCGCUUUGACUCAGAAAAACCUCAAGGAGGUCUUUGAUGCAGCCAUCGUGGCCGGUAUUCAGUACUCGGAUACCCAGCAGCAACCAAAGAAAUCCAAAUGUAGGACUCCAGACAAGAUGAAAAACCUCUCCAAAUCCUGGUGGAAAAAAUACUGCUGUUUUGUAUAGGGGCUGCAAGGACCUGAGUGCUGCUCUGAGAAAAUCAAUAGAGGCUAUAUUAGCUGAAAUCUCAAUUCGUGUCGUCUUGAGUGUAUAGUGUAGAUCUGUAUGUAUGUGUAUAUGUUGCUACUGGAUAACUCGGUUGCCCUUUCAAGGGUUGCAGAAGGAUUCUUAGUUUAAUAAUUGCUAUAUAUCAGGUCUGGCCCCCGGUUUUGUGACCAGAACUUCUCAUUAAGGAAAGAAAAAGCACCAUGUAUCUGUGACCUAAGAAGGAUUUGUCCAAAGGAUUCAACUUCUUCUGUUGUAAGGUGUAUGUGAUGGGGAGGAGCACAACAGAGGCCUUCACUGCCAGGGCUUUGCAGGAGGAACGCACAAGCAACGGUGGAAAUGUAGAGCUCUGUACAUGGACGAUCAAAGGGAAAAAUAACACUGUGCCUCCUAACUGACAUUUGUAGCUUUAAAACCCCACUCCUGCUCUCUUUGUGUCUUCCCAAGCCAAUGCUCUUAGGGAUCGUUUUUAAAAGGGUAUGCAAGAGGUGUAAUCUAUACGCAAAUGCCACGGUUUAAAAAGGUCAUGAAUAUACCUUCAGCUUGUGGUGAGGGAACCUAAUCCCUUAUGGAGCUGACAUCUCAUUUGUCACCUCCUGACUUUCAGAAAGUCCCUUCUGUCCUCCUUCCCCUGCCUUUCCCAGGAAGCCGAGUGGAAGCCCAAGAACAUGACCAAGCUUUAACUCGCUACCUCGAGCAGUGGCGAUUUCCUCUGUGUUUUUGCAGACAUGACGACGGUUCAUCUAUUUCAGCUCAAAGGAAUGUAAAUACUGUUGUGUUGGGUUUGUUAUUUUCUUUCUAAGCAAUGUAACAAAUACCUGUGCAGCACCAUAUAAACCACAUCUGGUUUUAAGUCUACAGCCAAGAAUUUCAGGAUGCCCCACUUUACCUUUUAAGGCUGCUAAACAAGUAAUAAAUCAGGCAGAUUUAGAUUUAUAACAAACUGGAUUCUAGAAACUGAGGCUGCUGCAUCCUCUUCAUGAUGCUGUUUCUAACCAAGUUAAAUGUUUCCCUUCUAAAGGCAGCAGUCAUCUGUGGUUGAAUCUUGUCCAAGCUUAUAGUUGUGAAAUUGUUUGAGGCCAUCCCCAAAAUGUAACUGAUAAUUUAUUUUUUUUACAGAUCAGUCCAACAGAUUAACUUAAAUGUGCCUAAAUGUAGAUGAGGGAUCAACACAGCUGAGUGUGACCUGUUCUCUGAAUCUGGUUCCUACUGAACUCUAAGCCUAAUUGCAGUUCUAGUGAGUUUGAGAGACCCGAAUGAUAAUGUGACUCUCCGCAAGGAUCAGUAUUUAAACCUGUUCUGCAGAGAACAUUCAGUUUGUGUUGUCUGUCUGCCAUUUUAUGGCCACAAUUAGGUUUUUUCCCUCCCCUAGAUAGUUCAAAAUCAAAUUAUAUUUCUUUUUUUUUUUGCUCUUUGGCCCUAGCCUUGAAGUGACCUUUUCCUUAUUCUUGAACUAAACUGUAAUGACAGAAGGCCAGAACCCUUUUGCAUCAGAAACGAAUCAGUGUAUGAAAUAAAGAACUGUGGAGGCUAUUUGAGUUGAUAAAGCUGACCACAGUUUACCUCCUGGCCCAUUAAGGAAAAUGACACUAUGUAAAUGGAUUCUGGGUUAUUGGCAUAGGCUCCACAGACAGUGUUUUUUCCUUCUCUACAGAAGAAUGAGUGCAGAAUGGGUAAUGUUCCAUCACUGAAAACUUGAAAAUGGGAUGGAAAUCUUUACCUAGGGCCUAAUUCAAUAAAAAUAUGUUGGCUUCUGCACUGGAAGAGCCUGGAAAACAGUUUCCAUAGCAGAAAGCUAUCCACAGAAGCUGGAUGCAUUUGACUUGGUUGGUAAUGGUUUAAUGUUUACUGGUCCUGAAGUUAACAUCUGAGCCUUUAUAUUUCUUACUCAAAUUCUUUGACAGGAUUUUAGAUAUGCAGUCAUGCUGACAUCUGGGAGAAAAACAAAGCUAGAUUUCUCCUGGGUGCUUUGCUUCUCUGUAAAAAACAGUCUCGGUCGCUCAAAAAUGUGGUUUUGAGGAGGAGACAGGCUUGAAUCUGAGCAGCUUCCGUUUACAAAAAUAACAAAAUUUCCUCUGCAAGAUCAUACUGCUUGGUAUCAUGCUGAACUGGAAGCAGUAGGUUAUACUUUAUAAGCAGCCUGUUUCAUAGUCUGGAGUAGCAUUACUUUUGAAUGUAGCCAGCUGUGACUGUUUCUGAAGAUGUGAUUUAUAUACAACUUGUUAUAGCCCUUUACUAGGUGUGUGUAAACUGAGGUCUGAUAACUAUUGAUACUGCUCUACAUGGGGCUACACAGGGUCUAGGUUUUAGAAAUCUUACUUUUAAAAUUACCAGUAUUUUAUGAGCAUAAAUGAGGGGGAGAUGUCUCUAUGUAGUCUAUAAUCUGAUGUGCCUUAUAAAAAACUCUUUUCUGUUUUCUAAAUGUAGGCUAUAUUCCAAAAGAAAUAUUUCAUGUGAGAAUGAUAUAAAUGAGGUAUUUGGAAAUAAAUUUUGAUCUGUGUA